CAUCAAUACAUGUAAAUAUGCAGUGAGCGGUUGCUUAGCUAGCCUCAUUCUCUGGGUUUUAUUUCAAGAGGCUGGAUGCACUUCGCCAUCGCGCUCACCGUAAACAUGGAAAGUACGUUUGAGGGUCGAGAUCUGUCGAUUCAUCGGGGAACUUUACCGGGGAAUGAGAAAGGUAUUCUCAAGUUGAUACAGUCUUACUCUAACCCACAAGAAGCGGCUCCAAUCUCGAUAUUGCGUUCUACCGCGUUGCAAAUCAUGAAGCCCACGAUGAUAUGGGACCUUGCCGAAGAUUUAAUUGAAGUGUUAUCAGAGAUUGAGAUCCUUAGAUUAGCUGCUGUCCGCAAGAUCCAAUCCGAAUCAGAGGAGCAUACCCAUCUCAAAAAUACGAAGAAGUCCAGACAAAAGUAUCUGUCUUGCGUUUAUUACAUUCGCUCAAUGCAUCUUCAUCACUCUUGCACUGGUCGGUCACCGGACACUGGCGUGUUGUUGCGUCAUUUUCCAAACUAUGAGCCGGGGUCGCGACCUUUCAACAGAUAUUCGUCCACCCUCAGCUCGCAAGAGUGGGAUCAAUAUGGAAAGGAGGCUGGGGCAAUGCAUGCUGCAUUCCGUGUGGCAAUGGAGGCGGCAAAAGAUCAUCACAUUUCUGAUAAAGACUAUGCCAAGCUUUUAAUCAGGGAGUUUGGCGAUGGUCGCAUCGACUGGAUUGGUGUGGUGAAUGGAUAUCUAGAGCAAGCCAAAAUAUCAAUUGAAUAUGCGGGAAGACUGUAGAGUGAUGAUAUUACAUGUGAGGAUGUUCUCGCCUUCACCGUACCAGGUGAAAAAUACUAACUAUUGUACUGGUUAUUACAGCGCAAUAACAAUCAUGUCACCCCGAUUCGCAGAUCCUGUGGUUCCGCGAAUACGUUUAGCUUUCGCCUCUGCACGUCCUCUGAUCCGUGCUUCCUUUGCAGCUCGCAUGUCUUUGGGCGCUGUUGUUCUU